AGAUAAUUUGUAUACUACUUUACUAUUUACUGCCAUUUCUCCCUAGUCCGGAACAUUUUUUAAAUAAAAAUAAAAUAAAAAAAUGUACGAAAAAGUUUCUAAAGACAAUUUUUUCCCUUCAAAAUGUAAAUGAGUUAGUCAGAUUGUUGAUAGUUAUAAGAUUGUUUAAAAGAAUUAAAUACUUGUGUUAAAUGCUAAACACCCUCAAAAUGGUUAAAAAAAAAACUAAUAAAUUGGCCUCUCAAAAUAGCAAUGCAACAAAUAAACGCGCUCAAGGAUCAAUUAAAAAAUAUUGUACCAAAAAAAGAGUCAACAAGAAAAAAAACAAUUGCGUUAAACUUAGGGAAAAUAUAAAUGGCAAAGAUAAUCAAAAUGCAAUUAAUUCUACUCCAAUUAUUUUGAAUAGAAAAAAUAAUAAAAGGAAAAAAUCUUUGGCAAAUGUUGAAAAUAACUUAAUGUUAUAUGAAAUCAAACCAUUAAGUCCUACAAAACUCUCUAUAAGUGUUAAAAAGUUCUACAAUAAUAAUAAAUUCAAACAAUAUGAAGAAAAUUUACAUUUAUACAACAAAAAUGAUACAGGGCAUUUUAAGGACAUUAUACCAACUAAUACAAAUAAAAAUAAAGAUAAUAAAGAUGUCAAACAUAAAUGCAUUUUAAAUUGUGAAAAAAAUUACAGCAGACCUAAAAAGAAGUUUAAAAAUGUUAACUAUCAUAAACCAUAUGAUUUGAACCCUCAACUAAAUAAAGAAUCGUAUAAAAAGCAACAGAAAUCUAAUAAAAUUGAGUCCACAAAAGUUUUUAAUAAAGAGAGUGACUUUGAGAAUGAUCAAAUGCAUUUGAAUUCUUUACAAUCACAAAUAAUGAAUGAAACUCAGACAAAUGAAUAUCUUGUUGAAGAAUAUCAAGUAACAAAAUCUACAAUUAAUGCUCUCUCAAUAUCUGUUAAGCGUUUUUACAAAAAUAAGACCUCAUCUAAUGAUAAUGAAAAAGUCAUCAAGGAUAUGCCACUUGUUUCUGAUACUACAUUUAAUUCAAAAGCAGAUUUUAAUCAGUCACCACUAUCAUCAAAAUUAAACAGUAGUCAUAAAAUAAGUUUAAAUGUAAAACAUAUUAAUGAUACGUCUAAUAAUAAGCAACAAAAAGUCACUGCAUUUUUUCCUAUCCGAAGAAGUGCUCGUAAAACAAAAAAUAUAGUCAACGAAGAAAAACAAAUAGCCUUAGAAGAAGCGAUUGCUUCACAAAAUGAAGAUGGAUUAAAAAUAACUGUAUUUCCUAAUAAAGGUCGUGGCAUAAUUGCUGGUAAAGAUUUUGCUCGUGGUGAGUAUGUUGUUGAAUAUUCUGGAGAAUUAAUUUAUGUACAAGAAGCACGUAAAAGAGAAGCCAUUUAUUCACAAGAUACCUCAACUGGCUGUUACAUGUAUUAUUUCAAAUAUGGUUCAACACAUUACUGUAUUGAUGCAACCCCUGAAAGUUCAAGACUUGGCAGACUUGUAAAUCAUUCAAGAUUUGGUAAUCUUGUACCUAAGGUUGUAGAAGUAGCUGGGUUACCCAGGAUUGUUUUAAUCGCGAAAUCUGAUAUUAAACGAGAUGAAGAAUUAACCUAUGAUUAUGGUGAUCGUAGUAAAGAAUCUCUCAUCAAUCAUCCAUGGCUUGCAUAUUGAGCUGUACACGUUUAUAUAGUGAAAUUUACCUUAACAUUACUAAUAAAUUAAUCUUUAACAAUACAUUUUAAAAUUUGCACUGCCAAUAAUUAUAUUAACAUUUAUUAGCUUAAAAGAAUAAAAUUAUUUUAAAUUAUUUAUCAAAUGAAAAUGUUAUUUAAAUUGUCUUUUAUAAUGUGAAAUGUAUGAUAUAUUUUUUUUAAAUUUCAUUUUUAUUUUAUUAAUCUUUUAGACCAAUUUAAUUAUUUUUAUUAUUCAUAAUUGUUAAAAAAGAAAUAAUAACUUUUAUACUUAAGAAUAAGUGAAAGGUCAACAUUCACGUGUUUGUCUGUUUGGAGGGCAGAUUAUUUCUGAUACGAUUUUGACUUUUGACAGGUAACAGAGUAAUUCUGUCCUUCUCACCGGCAAUCUUACCCCAACAUUUGACCCUCACUUUGCUUUAAAAAAAUUUAAAAGAUAAUAACACAAAUGGGUUUAGUUCUCAUUAGAUUCUGUUACUACACGCAUAUAUAAUAUUAUGUUCUAUUUUCUUAUUUUAAUAAUACAUAUUAAUAUUAAUUUACCAAAUUGCUCAGUUUAAUGAUUUCAAAUGUAUUCAUAAAGCUUUACAUAUUAAUUUAUUGGCCUUAUUACUUGGAAUCUUUUAACUAUAUGAAAUAGCAAUAUUUUUUUACUGUAUUAAAGUUCAAAUUGUGUAUAAUUAUUAUAUAUUUGAAUAAUAACAACUUAUUUUCAGAACUUCAGUUUUUACUAAUAAAAAAAUAAUUUAAUUCUGUUCAAAAUUUUUAAUUAUAAAUCUGAUUUUUUUAGAAACUAAAUAGGUAUUUUCUAGUAUAUACAAUUUGUUAAAAGUGAAUUAUUUGGUGGGCUAUAAACCAAAUAACCUACAAUUCAUUGUUAAGUGAUUUUAUCAAGACUGUUCUGAUUCAUUAAUUUAUAAUUAUUAUUAUUUAUUAUUUAUUUAUUUAUUUAUGAGACUGAAAGGUUCAUUAUAAAUGUGUAAUAGUAUUUAUUUACCAAUGUAUUUUGUUUUGGUGUUAUUGGUAUAUUUAUUUUACACGUAAGCUUCCAAACUAUGACAACAAGUCAAUUUUUAAAAAAUGUAUAAUAGUAUUUUUUCAAAAACUUAGUUUAUCUCAUUGAUAUUAUUGUACAAAGCAAUAAUUUGUGUUCUGUAUUCAUAUUAUGUUUAAAAUAUAAAUUAUUUAAUUUAUGUAGCUUAAGAAACUUAUAUUGUUAUUGAUACUUAUCAUUAUGUUCUAUUUUGGACUGUACAAAAUGUCUAAGCGUCAUUAAUCAAGACUUAUUCAUAAAAAACAAAUUAUAUUUCACACAGUGAAAUAAUAUUCAUAUUGUUAUUUGUUAUAAAAAUGUUUGACUAAUUUCAGUUAAAAAUGUAAUAAUUGUUCUUGAUUAAUAAUUUUACAAACUUACAUUGACAUUUCAAAAUAAAUUUGUUGUUGUAUUUA